AUGGCAUCCAAAGAUGCAAGCAAGACAACAGCCUCGCCGAUAUCCCCGUCACCCUCCAGCGACGAGUCUCGGGUCGAAACAGCGGCCCAUUUCAAUGCCGAGCUAGAGAAGAGAAUUCUGGGAAAAGCUGAUUUCUGGCUUGUCGGUUUCUACUCCCUAGUAUAUAUCUUCCGCGUUAUUGAUUCUGGAAACUACUCCAACGCGGCCAUUAUCAAUCUCGAACACGGCACCGGAAUCAAAAAGGAGCUCAACCUGAGCCCGUCACAAUGGGCAUGGAGUCUGUCUAUCUUCUCGUAUAGCUACAUGAUAUUUGAGCCGACAAACACAAUACUCCUCAAAAAAUUCCGUCCGUCGAUAUGGAUGUUCGUCUUGAUUUUCUCAUGGGGCGUAUGUGCCUGUUGCGUCGGCGCUGCCCAGGAUUUCAAGGGUCUCAUGUGCGUCCGGUUUGCCAUCGGGAUGGCUGAAGCCGGCUUCUACCCUUCAGUCUUGUACCACAUGGCAUUUUGGUACAAGCCGGCCGAGAUGCCGUGGCGCAUUGCUCUGUUCUACUCCCUUGGCCAGGUGUCGAGCGCCCUGAGCGGACUGUUGGCAUAUGCGAUUAGUUUCAUGGACGGAAUCGGCCAUCUUGCAGGCUGGCGGUGGCUUUUCAUUCUCGAAGGCCUUCCUGCGUUGGUUCUCGCCUUUGUUGCUUUGUUUUGGCUACCUGACUAUCCGGAGUCGGCCAAGAUGUUGACCAAGGAGGAGCGCGCUUUCGCCACGGAUCGUUUGUCUGGCAUCGCUGCACCAUCGGGAAAGGACAACAAACAUUGGGAUAUGGAUGCCUUGAAGAGUAUGAUUAACACCCCCACAGUGUAUACCUUUGCCAUCUACUGGAUUGCGCAUGGAAUUGGAGGAUUUGGUAUACAGUAUGCGUUACCAACGGUGGUGUAUGAGCUGGGCUUCACGAGCACGGCGAAUUCUCAGCUGAUGAACAUACCGCCAUAUGUAGCAUGCUUCAUCUUUCUUAACACCGUCGGAUACAUGAUCCACCGGAAAUGGAUCAGGCCAUGGACCACGGCAGUCGCUAUCCGUCUCUCAGUCGAGGGCACAACCAUAAUCUGCUACAUUAUCCUCAUCACCGUCCCCAACUCCGUCGUCAAAUAUCUUGCCCUAAUAGUCGCCACCGCCUGUGCUGGCUCCGCCUACCCAGUCAUCUGGCCAGAACGAAUCCGAGCUCUCGAGGGCACGAUUGCCGCAGGUAUCGGAAUCGGAUUCACCAAUGCGAUGGCGCAGUUUAGUGGUAUUGUAGGGCCACACGUAUACAGUACCGUAUUUGGACCGACGUACCGCGUGUCGUAUGUGAUUUGUUUGGUGUUUUUGAUUGUUGCUAUUCUGGCAAUAUUGGCCUCGUGGGUGCUUGUCUGGAGAAAUGAUAGAAGGGUUGCUGCUGCUGAAGAUGAUAGGGAAGCGUGA